CGAAUGCGUAAAGAGGGUCGCCGCAGCGUUCAGAACAGAACAGAGCACCUGCGGACUGUAACCGGCUGCUUUCUGAGGAAGUUCUUUUUCCCUACUAUAAACACUUUUAUUCGUAGACACAAUACAUUUUUGUUUAAGACUUUGGAGUAUGUUUUUGAUUUGUACGGGUUCUAAUCGUUUCUCUAUGGAAGAACGCGGCAACAAAAUUCAAGUUGAAAGUCAUUUCAACCAGAGAGAUACUUUCAGAGAACCUUGAAGUUCUCAUCCAAACCGGUUAGGGUAUAGUUCACCUAUCUUGUGUUCACUUCAUUGGUUUUCAACGCAUUCCGUUUCACCUUUACGCUCCUGUGAUUCCGACUGCAAAUAAACAUGGUUGGAUUCAGAGCUGGUGAUGUGCCUCCUACAGCCACUGUGAAGUUUAUUGGUGCAGGAACUGCAGCCUGCAUUGCAGACCUCUUCACAUUUCCACUGGACACUGCAAAAGUUAGACUUCAGAUUCAGGGGGAGACCAAAAGUCCCGCGAACACAGGCCAUGGUCCGGUGAAAUAUCGUGGAGUGUUUGGCACGAUCAGCACCAUGGUGCGUGUUGAGGGGCCGCGCAGUCUCUACAGCGGGCUGGUUGCAGGACUGCAGCGUCAGAUGAGCUUUGCCUCUGUACGCAUUGGCCUCUACGAUUCCGUCAAGCAGUUCUACACCAAAGGCUCAGAUCAUGUUGGGAUUGGCAGUCGGCUGAUGGCUGGCUGUACGACUGGAGCCAUGGCAGUGGCUUUGGCCCAACCCACCGAUGUGGUGAAGGUACGAUUUCAGGCUCAGAUCAGCGCCGGGGCCAGUAAACGUUACCAUGGUACUAUGGAUGCAUAUCGGACCAUUGCAAAGGAAGAGGGGUUUCGUGGUUUGUGGAAAGGUGAGCCUGGGCCAACUUCGACUUUGGAGUAUGUUUUUGAUUUGUACGGGUUCUAA